ACCCAUGCACUUUGAACUUCUCUCGCCUACGCAGCAAACCUCCGUCUAGCUAGAAAGCUAAAGCUAGAUUAAUUGAUCCAAAAGCUAGUGCAAAAAUAACGCUGAUUGCAGUAGUCAGUCUACUGCACCGGUGUUCAUUUGUAUAGCUUUACCAAAAUGCCACGGAAAGACCCUUGCCAAAAGGAAGCAUGCGAAAUUCAGAAGUGUCUACAAGCGAACAAGUAUAUUGAAAGUAGGUGCGAAGAUGUCAUGCGUGAGAUGCUGCGUUGCUGUUCGGUUCACGCCGAGAACUCUGUCUGCUGCUCUGGGUUUGUGCAGGACCUGAAGUCUACUGAUGCUCCCAGUUUAUAGGAUAUGCCUUAGUGGACUGUGGUGUAUAUUGAUGGAGUCACUGGAAAUUGUCAUUCAGAAUUUAUUUUGAUUAGAAUGAUAUACCAUGUAUCAUUUGCUAAAUAAAACAAUCCGAGUACAGCACA